GGCUGCUUACCGGCAGUACUAGGUGCUUUAUCGAGAGUGAACAAUAUAUGGACUCUCGAUGGAGUUCAACAUAAAGACUUUCCUAUGCGUCUCGAACGGUCUGGUGGUCUUUUGAAGAAGCGUCUUGACUCGCCACUCACUUCAUUCUGAGCACGAAUUAUGAUAUGAAUUGUCAGUGAACAAGGGAAAGUCCUAUCUACGCAUACAUAGGUAUCCAAUCAUCAAGAACCAUGGUUCAAGAUCAAAGUCAAGGUCCAGAUGAGCAUGCUCUAAAGAAACGUAAAGUAGACGAUACUUCUAAUGAUACUGAUAACACUAACGCAAAACUUGUACGGAGGAGGAUGCAUAGAUCGAUUUCACCACCUCCUUUACGAAGACGUAGGAUGGGAAGUCCCAAGCCGGUGAUGCUUGAGGUGGAGGAAGAAACUCCUAACCAGAACCAGAGAGAAGUCAAUCAAACGCCGGUUGAAUGCCCCGAGCAAAACUCGAUGGAUGGCAAAUAUCCAGUGCUAGAACACACAAAGCAAAGGGUGGUGAAGUCUCCAUUCCAGCUUACAACAAUUCGAGAUCUACCAGAUUCAUCCAACGUGGACACUGUAUCGUUGAAAGAUAUUCUUGGUGAUCCAUUGAUAUCAGAAUGUUGGGAGUUUAAUUAUUUACAUGACCUCGACUUUCUCAUGGAACAAUUUGAUGAGGAUGUACGGAAUCUCGUCAGGGUUAAUGUGAUUCAUGGCUUUUGGAAACGGGAGGACCACUCCAGACUUAAUCUCAUGGAACAAGCUUCGAGAUAUUCUAAUAUCAAGCUUCUCACAGCUUAUAUGCCUGAGAUGUUCGGGACCCAUCAUUCCAAGAUGCUCAUUAUUUUCCGACACGAUUGUACAGCUCAAAUCAUAAUUCAUACAGCCAACAUGAUACCAUUUGACUGGACAAACAUGACCCAAGCUUUAUGGAAGUCUCCACAUCUUCCUCUUCUCAACCCAAAGAAGCCAACCCUGGUUGAAGCUAGCAGGAUAGGCUCAGGUUCAAAAUUUAAAUUAGAUUUUCUGAAUUACUUACGAGCUUAUGAUACCAAAAGAAUCAUUUGCAAAUCAUUGAUUGAGCAACUGCUCAAAUACGAUUUCUCUGAAAUAAAAGCAGCUUUGAUAGCCAGCGUCCCAGGGAAACAAGAUACCGAGCUCUCUCCUUCACAAACCGGAUGGGGUUGGGCCGGUCUCACAAACGCUCUUAAAUCCGUCCCAUCACACCACAACACCCAACCAGAAAUCGUGAUUCAAGUUUCCUCCAUUGCAUCACUAGGCCCAACAGAUAAAUGGUUAACACACUUUUUCAAGGCCCUCAGCGAGUCCAAAUCUCCUAGGAAAACUGGUUCAAAAUUCAAAAUUAUUUUCCCAACUGCAGAUGAGGUUAGAAGGAGCAUAAAUGGUUACGCAUCUGGUAAUGCUAUUCACACUAAGAUUCUCACGCCAGCUCAAGGAAAACAAUUGGCAUAUCUAAAGCCGAUGCUUUGUCAUUGGGCUGGCGACGGCGCUCAACAUUCUUCUUCAUCGUCAUUAUCAUCCAACACCCCAUCCAAAUCUUCCCAAUCUUUCACUUCCCCAGAACUAAAGACUCAAGAAGCAUACCGCAGACGCGCGGCCCCUCACAUAAAAACUUACAUCCGUUUCAGUUCAGAUUCAACGUCAAGUUCUUCGUCUCAAAAAUCAAUAGAUUGGAUGCUCGUGACUUCGGCCAACCUCUCCAAACAAGCAUGGGGCGAAUCGAUCAAUUCAGCCGACAAAGUUCGGAUCUGUAGUUAUGAGAUCGGAGUACUGGUUUGGCCUGACUUAUGGGAAGAAAAGCAGAAUGGGAAGAAUGUGAAGAUGGUACCGUGUUUUGGGAACGAUACACCUUCUAUACCUUUUGUCUCUCCUUCUUUGGAAAUAGUCGGCCAAAAAGAGAUAAGAGUAGAGGGAGAAGAAGGACAUUUAAAGAGGAAAAGAUGUGAUGACCGGGAAGACGAGAAGCGCCAGGAAGAAAGCCACACGAUAAUAGUUGGUGCUCGCAUGCCCUACGAUCUCCCUCUAGUUUCAUACGGCAAAGACGAUAUCCCAUGGUGUGCGAGUGCAUCAUAUAGCGAACCAGAUUGGAUGGGGAAGACGUGGAAGACAUGAAUUUGACGGAGUUUCAUUUGUCAUUUCCCGUUGCACUCGUCGUAAAUAUGUUCGUUUCAUCUAUGAUAAAAGACAGCAUUCGAUAUCGACCACGAGGCAUUUUUGGCGUUUGUGAUAGGGGCCGCGGUAUUAUGAUUGAGGGGGGGGCGGAAACAUACACACUGGACAAAUAAAGGAUCUUGAGUGCACGCAGGUGGAAAAUUGGUAUGCAUAUCUAGACCUACACCUAGAGGAGUUGUGGGUUUGUAGGCUCUUUGGUUUGGGUUGUGUGAUGAGAUCAUAGGCAGGCCAACGGAAUAGUACUUCGAUCACGGAACAUAAUGCAGAAAUAAACA